AACUCGUUUUUGUGUCUAUCAGAGAAGGCUUUUAUACCAUCACCAUGGUCGAGUGGACAGACGCCGAGCGCAAAGCCAUCACCUCGCUGUGGUCAAACAUUGAUGUGGGGGAAAUUGGUCCCCAGGCCCUAGUCAGGCUUCUGGUUGUGUUUCCAUGGACCCAGAGGUACUUUGGAACUUUUGGCGAUCUUUCCACCCCCGCAGCCAUCGCCGGAAAUCCAAAAGUGGCUCAACAUGGGAAAACUGUGAUGGGUGGCCUUGAAACCGCAGUGAAGAACCUGGACAACGUCAAGCAGGCCUAUGCCAAACUGAGUGUUAUGCACUCUGAGAAGCUCCAUGUGGAUCCCGACAACUUCAGGGUCCUCGCUGAAUGCAUCUCAGUGGUUGUGGCGGCUAAGUUUGGCCCCACUGUUUUCACCGCUGGAUUCCAGGAGGCCUGGCAGAAGUUCUUGGCUGUGGUGGUCUCCGCCCUGGCCAAACAGUACCACUAAAGCGGCAGACCACUAGAGAUGUGCAGCAGUUAUACAGAUCUUCAUGACAUCACUU